ACACAGACAGUCCUCACAGGUCCUCCUUUGUACCCUGAUCCUAUAAGCCAACCAGGUGAGAGCAGAGUUUCUCUCCCAUAGCAGACAGUAGUUACCCAACACCCAGUGCUAUUGUCUGUCUCAUACUUCACCAUCAAAGCUGAGAAAAGGAAAGGUCACCUCUCUGCCUCGGAUACUACUCCAACCGUACAGGAUUUUCAUUUGUUUUGGGACAUUGUAUGGGGACAUGGACUCAUCUCCAACUUAGACCAUUUCUGAGGUCUGAAAACAUCAGAGAAAAGUAGAUUUGGUAGUCAACUGUCACUAAGGUUUUUUUGUCAGAAGGACUCUGAGAUUUGGGAGUCAACUAUCACUAAGGUUUCUUUGUCAGGAGGACUCUGAGAUUUGGGAGUCAACUAUCACUAAGGUUUCUUUGUCAGGAGGACUCUGAGAGUUCGUUUGGACCCUGAUUGUUUCUCUGGACCCUUAACAACGGACGACGUGAUGUUCCAGGGCGUGUCUGAGAUCGCGGCGCUGUGCACGGGACUGGUGGGUCUGAUCGGCGCAGCUGCCGUCACCGGGAUGCCCAUGUGGAAGGUUACGGCCUUCAUCGGAGAGAACAUCAUCGUCAUGGAGACGCGCUGGGAGGGCCUGUGGAUGAACUGCUAUAGACAGGCCAACAUCAGGAUGCAGUGUAAAGUGUACGACUCUCUGCUGUAUCUCCCCGCAGACCUGCAGGCUGCAAGGGGCUUGAUGUGCUGCUCUCUGGCUCUCUCAGGGAUGGGUCUACUGGGGGCUCUAGCAGGGAUGCGCUGUACCUCCUGCAUCCAGGACAACGACCGCGUUAAGAGCCUCAUCCUCAUGGUGGCUGGAGGCAUGCAGUUACUGGCCUCUAUCUGUGUGUUCAUCCCAGUCUCCUGGACGGCUCACGCCAUAAUCCGUGACUUCUAUAACCCUUUGCUGAUCGACGCACAGCGCAGGGAGUUGGGAGAGGCUCUCUACAUCGGUUGGGUGACCGGAGCCUUCCUCCUGACCUCUGGGCUUCUCUUCCUCUGUCGCCGCGUCCACUCCAACAAAGCCUCGUUCGAUAUCUAUCACCCAGCCAACGGGAUCAACAAACCCACUCUGAUGCGCUACCAUCCCAUCUCCAGCGUUCUUAGCGUGAGGGCUCACCGCCAGCCCGGUCUGAACUACCAACAAAGUCACAGCUUCGAUGCAUACCAACACCACCAAGCUCCGAUUCUUCAUAACGCUCCUUAUGGACAACAAGGGGUCGUCAUGAACCCUCCUGCUGCUGUGUAUGACUCUAGCUCGGUGGAGAACGUUGGGCCGUUGGUCUAUCACCAUGGCAACGGACAUCAUGUUGACGGACACCAUCCCUCCACCUCUAACAGCUCCAACUACGUCAGCAGCUUGUCCACUCUGGCUAACUCCCUAUACAUCAGCCAACAGACUCCGUACUCCUAUAACCACCUGACCGCUCCGUAUACCACAUAUACCGGUAGUCAACAGACAAAUCCAUACUCCUACAGUCAUCCGGGAAACCUGUCCGUUUCACAAAACUCCAGUUUUCAAGCCGUACCUCAGAAUCCUGUUUUUAUCGGGUAUAAGGGCUCCAGAGUUCAACCAUCGCAGUCUCACCACAGUGGAAGCAGUGUAGGUGUGUACAUCUGAAUAGACUGCAAAGAGACCAGUCAUCGUCUGAUACUCACUGUACCUUAACAAAUGUAUCUCCUGUGUAUGGUUAUUAGAAUCACAUGGUAUUUUUUUUUUGAAAAGUUAAAUGUCUGUUUUGGUAUUCUGGUAAAACUGUAAUGUGUUCAGUGUUUGGGACAGUUAUAGCUGUGUAGAGUGUUCAGUGUUUGGGACAGUUAUAGCUGUGUAGAGUGUUCAGUGUUUGGGACAGUUAUAGCUUGUGUAGAGUGUUCAGUGUUUGGGACAGUUAUAGCUGUGUAGAGUGUUCAGUGUUUGGGACAGUUAUAGCUGUGUAGAGUGUUCCGUGUUUGGGACAGUUAUAGCUGUGUAGAGUGUUCAGUGUUUGGGACAGUUAUAGCUGUGUAGAGUGUUCAGUGUUUGGGACAGUUAUAGCUUGUGUAGAGUGUUCAGUGUUUGGGACAGUUAUAGCUGUGUAGAGUGUUCAGUGUUUGGGACAGUUAUAGCUGUGUAGAGUGUUCAGUGUUUGGGACAGUUAUAGCUUGUGUAGAGUGUUCAGUGUUUGAGACAGUUAUAGCUGUGUAGAGUGUUCAGUGUUUGGGACAGUUAUAGCUUGUGUAGAGUGUUCAGUGUUUGGGACAGUUAUAGCUGUGUAGAGUGUUCAGUGUUUGGGACAGUUAUAGCUUGUGUAGAGUGUUCAGUGUUUGGGACAGUUAUAGCUGUGUAGAGUGUUCAGUGUUUGGGACAGUUAUAGCUGUGUAGAGUGUUCCGUGUUUGGGACAGUUAUAGCUGUGUAGAGUGUUCAGUGUUUGGGACAGUUAUAGCUGUGUAGAGUGUUCAGUGUUUGGGACAGUUAUAGCUUGUGUAGAGUGUUCAGUGUUUGGGACAGUUAUAGCUUGUGUAGAGUGUUCAGUGUUUGAGACAGUUAUAGCUGUGUAGAGUGUUCAGUGUUUGGGACAGUUAUAGCUGUGUAGAGUGUUCAGUGUUUGGGACAGUUAUAGCUGUGUAGAGUCUAGAAACUCUAUUCUACGUUUUUCUUCUGUAAUGUGAUUAUUCAUGUACCAUUUGGGUGUGUUUGUCAGUCCGCUGCUGGCGUCUUUUUGACCUUACCUGUCAUGUGACCUCAGUAAACAAAAAGUUUGGUUUCUCCAGUAAAGAACAUCAUGUUUGAUUCUGCAUACGGGAGAGCCACUUCAAAACGAGGUGAUUUUCGUUGGAGCAGGUCAGGAGAGCAUUUUUCGCUAACCUUUUUCAUAAACUUAAACCUCAGUCUCCUAACCUGCUGUGUUUAUUCUCCUAACCUGCUGUGUUUAUUCUCCUAACCUGCUGUGUUUAUUCUCCUAACCUGCUGUGUUUAUUCUCCUAACCUGCUGUGUUUAUUCUCCUAACUUGCUGUGUUUAUUCUCCUAACCUGCUGUGUUUAUUCUCCUAACCUGCUGUGUUUAUUCUCCUAAAUUGCUGUGUUUAUUCUCCUAACCUGCUGUGUUUAUUCUCCUAACCUGCUGUGUUUAUUCUCCUAACUUGCUGUGUUUAUUCUCCUAACCUGCUGUGUUUAUUCUCCUAACCUGCUGUGUUUAUUCUCCUAACCUGCUGUGUUUAUUCUCCUAACCUGCUGUGUUUAUUCUCCUAACCUGCUGUGUUUAUUCUCCUAACCUGCUGUGUUUAUUCUCCUAACCUGCUGUGUUUAUUCUCCUAACCUGCUGUGUUUAUUCUCGAUUAAAGUCUGUUUUUUAUUGAAGUGGCCUGAAAAGUGUUUCUCUUCUGCAUAUGGUACUUUAGCGCUCUCCAUUAAGUCGUAUGCCUUUGAUAGCAUUGUUAGCAUUAGUGGUAAUAACGUUGUUCUUUAACGACUUACCUCAUGUUGCCAACGGUUGUUUUUGAUGAACUUUGAAACAUUGAUAUCAUUAUUUUGGAGAGCUUGAUGAAACUGCUAGCUUAGUAUGGCUCUAAUAGUUUAGGGCAUUUCCUUGUAAAAAGGACCCAUGAGCACCAACAUGUCAAGUUCAUAGAAGCAUGUCAAAUUGUAUGUGGAAUGAAAACUAAGUCUAUAUUUAGCGAGAGAACAUCCCUGGUCAUCCCUACUGCCUCUGAUCUGGAGGACUCACUAAACAGAGAACAUCCCUGGUCAUCCCUACUGCCUCUGAUCUGGAGGACUCACUAAACAGAGAACAUCCCUGGUCAUCCCUACUGCCUAUGAUCUGGAGGACUCACUAAACAGAGAACAUCCCUGGUCAUCCCUACUGCCUCUGAUCUGGAGGACUCACUAAACAGAGAACAUCCCUGGUCAUCCCUACUGCCUCUGAUCUGGUGGACUCACUAAACAGAUAACAUCCCUGGUCAUCCCUACUGCCUCUGAUCUGGAGGACUCACUAAACAGAGAACAUCCCUGGUCAUCCCUACUGCCUCUGAUCUGGAGGAAUCACUAAACAGAGAACAUCCCUGGUCAUCCCUACUGCCUCUGAUCUGGAGGACUCACUAAACAGAGAACAUCCCUGGUCAUCCCUACUGCCUCUGAUCUGGAGGACUCACUAAACACACACACUGUUUGUAAAUUACAUCUGAGUGUUGGCGUGUGCCCCUGGAUUUUGGUAAAAUUUUAAAAUCAAGAAAAUCAUGCCUUCUGUUUUGAUUUAUGGAAUUUUAAAUUGUUUAUACUUUUACUUUUGAUACGUAAAUAUAUUUACCAAAUACUUUUAGACUUUUACUAGUAGUAGUAUUUUACUAGUAGUAGUAUUU